CAGCCGCCCAGGACAGCCACCCGCAUUGCCCUCUUUUCCCCAUACAUACACCUCAAACCCCCUCCCUCCAAGACAGCCUCAAAAAAAUCUCGAGCACAUACAGCAGUCCACCUCUAGUCGAGAGAGAAAAGAAGGCAGGGGAAAAGGAGGAGGGGACAAAAACUCGAUAGAGAGAAAGAGAGGGACAGAAGCGAAGAGGGGAGAGGAAGGGAAGUGGUCACAGACAGAAGAGAAGAUCAAAAGAGAUCGGGAGAUGCAGCACAAGUUUGGAUCUCUAGAGCAGCUGCAGCAGCAGAAGCCAGGAAAGCAGUAGCAACCGCUUCCACCACUCCUCCCCCUGACUCCCUGAGGCUGUGGCUGAAGCUGAGGCGAGGAGAGCAAAGCAAGCUCCCUCCCUGAUAGUCUCUCUUCACCUCUGAUCCAUCUCCACCACCCUAGCAGCAAUUGAAGGAGAAACAAGCUAGGGAGGAGGAGAUCGAGCAAGAGACACGGGGCGGGGGCGGGCGGCCAUGGAGGACACCCUCAAGUCGCUGUCCAUGGACUACCUCAACCUUCUCAUCAACGGGCAGGCCUUCAGCGACGUCACGUUCAACGUGGAGGGCCGCCCCGUGCACGCGCACCGCUGCAUCCUCGCCGCGCGCAGCCUCUUCUUCCGCAAGUUCUUCUGCGGCGCCGCCGCCGCCGCCGACCAGGCCGCGGCCGCGCCCGGCGCGCUGCUCCUGGACCAUCUCAGCCCGCGCUCCCCCUCCGGCUCCUCCGCGUCCUCCCCGCGCGGCGCCGGCGGCUCCGCGGCAGCCGCGCCCGGCGCCGUGAUACCGGUGAACUCUGUGAGCUACGAGGUGUUCCUGCUGCUGCUGCAGUUCCUGUACAGCGGUCAGGUGUCGUUGGUGCCGCAGAAGGGCGAGCCCCGGCCGGGCUGCGGUGAGCGUGGCUGCUGGCACACCCACUGCGCCGCCGCCGUCGACCUCGCGCUCGACACCCUCGGCGCCGCCCGCUCGUUCGGCGUCGAGGAGCUGGCCCUCCUCACCCAGAAGCAGCUGGCCGGGAUGGUGGAGAAGGCGUCGAUCGAGGAUGUGAUGAAGGUGCUCAUGGCGUCGCGGAAGCAGGACCUGCACCAGCUCUGGACCACGUGCUCCCACCUCGUCGCCAAGUCGGGCCUCCCGCCGGAGGUGCUCGCCAAGCACCUGCCCCUUGACGUCGUCGCCAAGAUUGACGAACUCCGCCUCAAGUCCACCAUGUCCCGCCGCUCGCCGUUCCUCGCGCACCACCACCCGCACCACCCCGCGGGAAUCGAGGCCUCGUCCGCGGCCGACAUCGACGACCACCACAAGAUCCACCGCAUGCGCCGCGCGCUUGAUUCGUCCGACGUCGAGCUCGUCAAGCUCAUGGUAAUGGGCGAGGGGCUCAACCUCGACGAGGCACUCGCGCUGCACUACGCAGUGGGGAACUGCAGCCGGGAGGUCGUCAAGGCUCUGCUGGAGCUCGGCGCCGGCGACGUCAACCACCCGGCGGGGCCCGCCGGGAAGACGCCACUUCACGUCGCGGCCGAGAUGGUGUGCCCAGACAUGGUCGCAGUGCUGCUCGACCACCACGCCGACCCCAACGUACGCACCGUCGACGGCGUCACGCCGCUCGACAUCCUCCGCACGCUCACCUCCGACUUCCUCUUUAAGGGCGCGGUGCCGGGCCUCGCGCACAUCGAGCCCAACAAGCUCCGGCUAUGCCUAGAGCUCGUGCAGUCGGCGGCCAUGGUCAUGUCCCGCGAGGACGCGCACACUGCAGCAACGCCGGUCAAUGCCGCGCCGAUGUACAGCGAGCCUCCUGGUGGCGCCGGCCCAGUGUACAGUGCAAGUGGCACGAACAUGAGCAUGGUGAAUCUGAGCUUGGACAACAGAAUGGUGUAUCUGAACCUAGGGAUGGAUGCGCAGUUCGGCAAGAUGAGCGACGGCGAUGACGGCGGGAGCAGAGGGCAAGGAGGCCCCUCUUCGUUGUUCUCCCCGCAUGGCUUCCAUUGACAAGCUGAGGUGGCUGCUCUACUAUCUCCUUGUAAGCUUAGAACUAAUUAAUUACAUGUUAUCCAUAUCCACAUUACAGGAGAUGAGAUCAUGAGAAUGGUAAGAUAAUCCUUUUGCCCUAUCAACCUCUGACUCUUAGUAGAGAGACCAUGCAUCACAAGAGUUUCAUGGUGAGAUAAUCUAUUAGUGUCUAGUUUUUUUUGUUGUUUUAUUGAUGGGGGUGUUGUCCUGGAAAUUCUAAGUGGCCAUUAAGAGGUAAAACAGUUUUUUGA